GGCAGGGCAGGGUCAAUGCUCCAGGUCUGCUGGAAGACCAACAAACACUCGAGACAUUGACAAUGGCAUUCUUCGCAAAGCUCAAGUGCUAUCUCACCUCGGCGCUCGUCAUCUGGGCGCUUUACCACGUCGCCACAACCUGUCCUCUGUGCAAGCCUUUACCCUACGGAGUUGAGCAGGAGGACUCGUUGUGCAAAUACACGCACACGGGCUACUCGUACGUGAAGCCAUACACGCAGCCGAUUGUUGCGCCAGUACUCGAGUACUACAAUGGCUCUCCUGUGAAGCCGUACGUGGACGAGUCGGUUGUCGUCGUGCAGGAAAACUACAACAAGUUUGUUGGGCCGUACGUCCCUGUCAUCCAGGCGCAGGCGGAGGCCGCCUACGCGGUUGUUCUCGACAAGCUUGCUGCACUCAAGGCCCGCUUGGACGACGACACCCUCGCCAACGUGAAGAAGAUUGUCAUUCCAGACGGAGACAACAUCGACGCCUUCAUCGGGACCCCUAACCCGGAGCAGGAGAAGACCGUCGACCCGGUCACGCCACAGGAGGACCUUGUCGAGCCUACUCCUUUGCCAGCGGCCUCUGAGACCAAUGUCGUUCCAAACACAGAGGCCGCUGAGGAGACGGCCUCGUCCGGCUCCGAGCCAACCGAAGAGGUCGAACCUAUCCCAGCCAAGACCGACGGCACAGCUGCCGCAGAGCCUUCCUCCAACGGCAAGCUGGAGAAGCUUAUCGAGGAGGCUGAGAGCGUUGUGGGCCAGAUUGCAGCAGAAGAGGUGAUCGAGGCAGCACAGGCAGCAGGCCAGGCCCUAUGAGGGUGGAAACUGCUCGCUCACAGGCACCUGUACUCAAAAAUCAUCUAUUUAUGUGUAUAUCAUCACUCCAUGUAUACGUUUCCCCCUUUUUAUCUUGUUUUUUGUCUGGUGUACCCCUUCACAUUCUAUUAUUCUGGCACUGGCGCCCACCGUAUAUACUUUUCCUUUAAGCCUAUACCCGAACCCUCUGAUCUGACAAGUCACGUCUUGCUCUUUUCGGCAGUUUUCGC